UGUGUUCACAAUGCAUUGUGGGAAGCAGAAGCUACAGUCAGUUGGGAAAAAACGUUGUACAGAAAGCCUGCUUAUCCGUGUUUAAACUUCAUCUCCUGUGCCCUGAAUCUUUAUAUACAUCAUCGAAAGCAAUGACUUUUCACUCAGCACUUUCAUCGAGCUAUUCAAGCCACAAUUGUAAAAGAUUGUAAGCUGUCAAGAAGACCGUAAUAAAGGAGUAAGACGCUCAGUUUCCUGGCUCAUGAAAAAUGAGUUUGGCUUGCUGUUGACCUGCGUUAACAUACACGGUGUAUCCAACACGUAGCGAUAACAGUACAGUGAAAAGUCACGUCAGCAGUUGGUGGAAGAUAAAGUUUAUGCCACAGCGAUGGAUGCCCACGGGGAGAAGGCAGAAGAAAUGGCUAACUCAGGAGACAAAGCAUCAUCAGAAGCUAGCUCUCGAUCCAAAUACUCUGGCUCCAAGCGCUCAUCUUCCAAGUUGUCCUCAAGGUCCAGUGUAUUAGAAGCAGCCAUCUUUGCAAGAGCUUCUGCUGAAGCUACAAACACCAAAGCCUUGUACAGUAAGAGACAAUUGGAAAUUAAAAAGCAGCAAGCAAACCUGGAAAUGGAUUUACAGAUAUUAGAGAUAGAAAAAAAAGCUGCAGCCGCUAAGGUAAAAGCAGAGGUCCUGGAAGCUGCCGCAGCUGUCGAACAAGACAAAGGAGAAAGUUUAAAAAGUUCAGUCCCACCACAAGUUACCAGACAGAGAACUAUGGAGUAUGUGCAACAUCAAAGCCAGCUAAAGUCACACCCGGCUGAAGAAGCAACACCUCAAGUCAAACUGACAGCAAAGGCACCAUCAUUCACUCCAAGGGAGCCAACCUGCUCUCCACCUGUACUCUCAAAAAUGUACACAGAGGAGGAAACUUUUGGCCCACCAAGAGAGUAUGUUGAACCGAAAAGUCACCAUGCUCCUCACAAUAGUGAUACACCUAUGGCUGACUUUGCUAAGUUCCUUGCACGCAGAGAGUUAAUCACAACAGGGCUCUUUAAGUUUGAUGACAACCCCGAAAAUUUUAGAGCAUGGCAGUCUUCAUUCUUAAAUGCAACUGGAGGCAUUGAUCUUACAUACAGCCAGCAGUUAGAUCUCCUAGUCAAAUGGCUCGGUAAAGAGUCCUCAGAGCAUGUUAAAAGAAUCCGGGCUGUUUAUACCAGUAGCCCCAAAGCUGCCUUCCAGUUGUCAUGGGAUAGGCUGGAGGAGUGUUAUGCUACACCUGAAGUAGUAGGGAAUGCCCUGUUUAAAAAACUGGACGGUUUUCCUCGCCUUACAAAUAGAGACAAUGUUAAACUUAGGGAACUAGGAGAUUUGCUCCUAGAGCUGCAGGUCGCUAAAGACGAAGCCUACCUCCCAGGCCUCGCUUACCUCGACUCGCCACGCGGGGUUAAGCCCAUAGUGGAAAAGCUGCCUCCAAGCUUACAAGAUAAAUGGCUCCACACUGGUUCAAAAUACAAACAGAAUUAUAAUGUGACAUUCCCUCCAUUCUCAUACUUUGUAAAGUUUGUCCAAGAGGAGGCAAAAGCGAGAAACGAUCCAAGUUUUGUGUCGUGCAGCAGCCAACCCCUCAACAAAGGUGAGAGACCACCAUUCAAACAAACUAGCUACAAAUCACCUCUAACUGUAGAUAGAACAGAGGUUGAUACAAGUGCCUCUGCUAGUAUCAGAGAGGAUGAUCUAACACGUUAUUGUCCAGUCCACAAGAAAACGCAUCCUCUAGCCAAAUGUAGAGCUUUCCGGAUCAAACCACUACAAGAAAGACAAAACAUACUCAAAGAACACAAACGAUGUUUUCGCUGUUGUUCUCCCAUGCACACAAUAAAGGACUGCGACCUGAAGGUCAAGUGUGAGGAGUGCCAAAGUGAAAAACAUUGCUCUGCCAUGCACCCUGCCACGGGUCAAAAACCCCAGCCACAAAAUGCACCUGAACCAGAGCCUCAGCUCCAUGACAACACUCUACCCAAGGUAACGUCACGAUGCACUGAGAUCUGUGGUGAAGGCUGUCCUCCGCGUUCUUGCUCCAAGGUAUGUCUAGUUCGAGUUUUCCCUAAAGGUCAACCAGAACGGUCUGUUAAGAUGUACGCCAUUCUUGAUGAUCAGAGCAAUUGCUCGCUGGCACGUCCUGAAUUCUUUGAGCUAUUUGGAAUCAAGGGUAGCCCUCUGACAUACCAUAUGAGAACGUGUGCUGGUUUAACUCAAAUGCUCGGCAGGAAAGCAGUGGGGUUCCAGAUUGAGCCUAUAGGUGAAGGCCCACGUCUAGAUCUUCCUCCUCUCAUUGAAUGUGAUGAGAUAGUAUUUAACAGAGAUGAAAUACCUACACCUGAAGUCGCUCUUGCCCAUGCCCACUUGAAACAUCUGGCUCCCCUGAUACCUAAGCGCGACCCAGCAGCCCAGAUUGCAGUUUUACUGGGCAGAGACAUCAUACAAGUCCACAAGGCACGACAACAAGUCAACGGACCCCACAACGCUCCCUUUGCUCAGCGCCUAGACCUAGGCUGGGUAAUCGUGGGGGAAGUAUGCCUCAAUGCUCACAGGCCAACGGUCAAUGCCUAUAAAACUCACGUGCUGUCUAACGGACGACCAUCUCUCCUCACUCCUUGUCCUAACAGCAUGAAGAUCAAAGAAAAACCAUGCUAUGGCGGGGAGCACAAGAGUAGCUUCUUAAAACACAGUUCAAAACUCAACGCAGCAGAAGAAAAGCUUGGAGAGAAAGUUUUUGAGCACACAGAGUAUGACAACCAGCAUGCCCUGUCCUUUGAGGAUGAGACCUUCCUUAAGAUAAUGGAAAAGGAAGUCCACCAGGAUGGAAACAAUAACUGGAUUGCUCCUUUACCAUUCAAGUCCCCUCGCUUGCCACUUCCAAAUAACAGAGACCAAGCACUGUCUAGACUUAACUCGCUGAGACGCAACUUAACCAAAAACCCUCAAAUGAAAGAGCAGUUCUCAGAAUUUAUGGACAAGCUGUUUAAAAACAACCACGCAGAGAUUGCGCCACCCAUUGAUGAGAACACUGAGUGCUGGUACCUGCCUAUUUUCGGCGUAUAUCAUCCCCAGAAGCCCGGUCAGAUACGGGUGGUCUUUGACUCUAGUGCCGAGCAGUCCGGCGUGUCACUCAAUUCAGUGUUAUUAACAGGCCCUGAUCUCAAUAACACCCUCCUUGGUGUCCUGAUUCGGUUUAGGAAGGAGCUCAUUGCAACCACCGCUGACAUCCAGCAGAUGUUUUACGGGUUCCUGGUUAGACCAGACCACAGAGAUUAUUUGAGGUUCCUGUGGCACAAGGACAAUGACUUGUCAAAAGAGGUGCAGGAGUACCGCAUGCGGGUACAUGUUUUUGGUAAUAGCCCGUCACCAGCAGUAGCCAUCUAUUGUCUUCGAAGAGCCAUCCAAGAAGGUGAGGCAAAGUUUGGAGCAGACACAAGACACUUUGUCGGGAGACACUUCUAUGUCGAUGACGGGCUGAUUUCAGUUCCCACAGAGUCUGUAGCCAUCGACCUGCUCAAGCGCACAUGUGCAUCCUUAGCUGAGUCUAACCUCAAGCUCCACAAAAUCGCCUCGAAUAGUGUCACAGUCAUGCAAGCAUUCAAGCCAGAAGAUUUGGCCUCCGGCAUCAAAGACUUGAGUCUCGGCGACGAUGCUUUACCGGCCCAAAGAAGUUUAGGAAUGUGCUGGGACAUUAACACUGACUCAUUUACCUUCAAGGUAGCUGUCGAUGAUAAACCCUAUACCCGCCGCGGGGUUCUCUCAGUGAUUAAUAGCAUCUUCGACCCCUUAGGACUAGCAUCGCCAGUGACAAUCAAAGGCAGACUCUUGUUACGCAAAAUGUCAAAAGGAGUCCAAGAUUGGGAUGCUUCUCUCCCCCAAGAGGAGAUGGAUGCAUGGGAAACAUGGAAAAUGUCCCUCCAAGAUCUGAGCAGCCUCAGAGUGCCACGCUGCUAUGUACCGGCCUCCCUUUCCAAGUCCACUUACACUGAACUAUGUGUCUUUAGUGACGCCUCAAGCUGGGCUGUUGCCGCAGUUGCAUAUUUGAGAACAGUCAACGCGGAUGGACAAUGUGAAGUUGGAUUUGUGCUUGGGAAAGCAAAACUUUCACCUCAACCAGAACCCACAAUACCUCGUCUUGAGCUUUGUGGAGCAGUUCUAGCGGUGGAGAUGGCAGAGCUCAUUCUGGAUGAACUUGAUCAUAAACCAAACACUGUCAAAUUCUACUGUGACAGCAAGGUGGUUCUUGGGUACAUUUGCAACAAUUCAAAGCGCUUUUACGUCUACGUACAUAAUCGAGUUCAUCGUAUACGCCAGUCCACAUCCCCUGAACAGUGGCAUUAUGUUACAUCAGAGCAAAACCCAGCUGAUCUAGCAACCAGGUCGGUACCAGCAUCGCAGCUCAUGGACACUAUGUGGUUUAAGGGACCAGACUUCCUUUACAAACUACAGGAACCAGAGACACAUGAAUCGUUUGAGCUGGUUGAACCUGAAGUGGACUUUGAAAUCCGACAAGUUGGUACUUUCAUUACUCAGACUAAGAAGAGCGGACUCACACCAGAACGCUUCCAACGCUUUUCAAGCUGGACAUCACUGGUACGUGCCAUUGCCUUCUUAGUUCACCAAGCUCGUUCUCACUCAUCAAGCAACUCGUCAAAUCAUUCAUGUAGGGGCUGGCAUAGAUGCAGAGAACCACGCACUCCAGAGGAGUUGGAUGCCGCCAGUAACCUCAUUCUCCAGUCUGUUCAAAAGGACGCCUUUCCUGAUGAGUAUGCUGCUCUCCAAACCAGUCAAACCAUCCACAGCUCUAGCCCCAUUGUGGCCCUUGACCCCUUCUUGGAUGAAAGCCUCAUCAAGGUUGGAGGUCGCCUCAAACAUGCUUCAUUGGACCCAGCGUUAAAGAAUCCAAAAAUUCUGCCAACCAAGCACCAUGUGUCAAGGUUGAUUGUCCUACACUAUCACGCUAAGGUUGUGCAUCAAGGAAGGCAGUUCACAGAGAGUGCAGUUAGACAAGCUGGACUGUGGAUUGUAGGCUGCAAAAGACUGGUCUCAUCCAUCAUCCACCACUGCAUAACAUGCAAGAAACUCAGGGGGAAACUAGAGACUCAAAAAAUGGCAGAUCUCCCGCCUGAAAGACUUGAAACAUGCCCUCCAUUUUCAUACGUCGGGUUGGAUGUGUUUGGCCCAUGGUCAGUGGUCACUCGACGCACACGAGGUGGCGCAGCACAAAGUAAGAGGUGGGCAAUACUUUUUACAUGCAUGACUACAAGAGGUGUACACAUCGAAGUCAUUGAAUCUAUGGACACUUGCAGCUGCAUAAAUGCAAUACGCAGAUUCUUUGCAAUAAGAGGCCCAGCCAAGCAAAUGCGGUCAGACAGGGGCACCAACUUCAUCGCAGCAAGCGUGGAGCUUGGCAUGGCACAACCAAACAACAACCCUCCCGACAUUGUCAACCAUCUUCACGCCAACGGUUGCACAUGGGAGUUCAACCCCCCACAUGCGUCCCACAUGGGAGGCAUCUGGGAAAGGAUGAUUGGGGUAACUCGCCGAAUAUUGGAUUCAAUGCUCUUGCAGAACAAGCACACCCGUCUGACACAUGAGGUGCUUUGUACCCUAAUGGCUGAGGUAUCGUCCAUAAUCAACGCAAGGCCCUUGGUCCCUAUCUCAACUGACCCUUCCUCACCAUUCAUACUCUGUCCUGCGAUGAUACUGACCCAAAAGCAGGGCGUUCCUUCUCCACCAGGAGACUUUUGUGGAAAAGACUUGCUCAAAAACCAAUGGAAACAAGUGCAAGCACUCGCCAAUGGUUUCUGGAGUCGCUGGAGAAACGAAUAUCUCAACACCCUCCAAUCAAGGCGCAAGUGGCAUGGAACACACCGCAACCUUCAGUCAGGCGACAUUGUGUUGUUGAAACACAAUCAAGCACCCAGAAACGAAUGGACAAUGGCUAUUGUCACUGCGACCUUUCCAAGCCGUGAUGGGAAGGUCAGAAAGGUCGAAGUGAGGACAUCUUCCCAGGGAGUCUCAAAGACUUACCUGCGUCCCAUUUCAGAUGUUGUUGUGCUCUUAGAAAAGGAAAUGACUGAGAAAAAGUAGUGGUGGCAUCAGUAAUGCCAGGCGGGGAGUGUUCUGUCCCAAGUAAAAGAUUAAAAAGGAUUCAUGAUAAUUUAGUGAUAAAAACGUCAUAUUUCAUUUGUGGUAAUUGAUGUUAAAAAAG